UAUUAGCACAGUGCUGUGUACACUCCAGUCGGUUCAAGAUCAGAUUGCGACAGUACGGUGUGGUAAUACGUUGAUUGACUUUGAAACGGUGCUAAAGACCUUCUCAAGAUCAUUGUCAAGUUCUUCACUUCGUUUAUCGCCCUUUGGGUGCUGUGUCCAAGAUGCCUACCAUGCACGCUGAUAACAAAGGAUUAAUGUACAAUUCUCAAACAGAAUAUCAAGUUCCCGACUCUGAUCCUGAACUAAGGAGAUAUUCUCACAAUAUUAUAAAGCAACGUAUGAUGGUGGCGGAAUUUGUUGGUCGAAGCCAUAAUGGAUCACCAGUGAACGGGGAAUUACCACAAGUGAAUUCAAGUAUGCCUAAUGGUCAUGGUCGGGAACUGUUGAGUUCCACAUCUUCUUCGCCGUCAGUUGAUGAGUACUCAGCCAACUACCCAAUGAACUCCGUCAAGCACAAGGAACUGUUCUCACAGAGGAAGCAACGCGAAUUCACGCCUGACAGUAAGAAGGAUGACAGCUAUUGGGAUAGAAGGAGGAGAAAUAAUGAGGCCGCCAAGAGGUCCAGAGAGAAGAGGCGAUUCAACGAUAUGGUGUUGGAGCAACGCGUCGUGGAGUUAACGAAAGAAAACGCCGUACUCAAGGCUCAACUCGAGGCCAUCAAAGAGGAGUACGGUAUUUGCGGUGAAAACGUCGUCUGCGUAGAGAAAGUCCUUGCCAAUUUACCAACCAACGAACAAGUAUUGAGCAUCACCAAACGACAGAAGCUGACACAUCCUCAACCACACAUUUACCAGUCGCCGAACUCGAUGAGCCAACAGAGCCUACAGCCGGUUCUUGGUUCACCACCACCACCACCCUUAACACACCCGCAUCUCAUUCAUGUUCCUCCAACACAUCACGAACACAGGCCAGAGUUCCAUCCCUAUACCUUCCCAUCCUUCCACAGUCCCCACUAUUCCUCAGAUGAUGCUCUCAACUUGUCAGCCAGAGGAAGACCACGUUCAAGGGCACAAUCACCCUUCGAACUGUCCAGUAAUUCAGGUGACGAGGGUAUCGUCAUCACCAACAACAGUUUACCGUUGAAACUACGCCACAAGUCACAUCUAGGAGACAAGGAUGCAGCUAGCGCUCUACUCCAGCUCCAGAACAUCAAACAAGAGCCUGGUCAAAGGGUGAGUCCCUCAUGGGACGCAGAAGGGUCCAGCGAUGAGAGAGAUUCGGGUAUAUCCUUAGGAACCGAAUGGACGGCACAAGCACAAGCUGCAGCAGCUCUGCAGUCCAUGCAUAACAAGCAGUCACAUCUUCAAUCCUUGCAGGACAGGGAGAUUGUACGUUUGUCAACAGAAGUGGAAAACCUGAAAAAUAUGAUCAGGAAGGACGAUUCGAGUAUGGUGCGUCGUUGAGGUGAUAUUUGUACAUAUUUUUGGUGUCACUGAUCUGAAGAAAUAUCCGCUGACAGAAGAGCGGACUAUUUAUUUGUGUAGUCUAGUUAUUUAUUGAAAACAUAAGGCCGGAAAGCCAUGAUUUGAUCACAUCGAUUUUGUCUAGCCUAAACGCGCUUUCGUAAAGGCAAUCAAUGUACCUUUUUGUUAAUAUAGCUAGAAAUGUGUGAUUUUAUACGAAUUCCCCAGAAACACGAACAAACCGAGUGAUCUGUAAGAGUAGAUGUAAAGAGUUGUUGACGAUAUUCCUAUGUGUGUUAUAUAAAUGUGAUUAAUUUUUGAUUAGUCAAGAUGACUCAAUUGUGAUGGCCAAAUUUCUGGGGAAUAUAUUUAUCAUAUACCUAAGAAAAACAUUUAUUUAUGUAUAGAUGUAUUUUUGUUACUGGGCUCGACGAGUUCAAACACUAUGUUAUUUUAACUCAUUAUCGUAUCAUAACCUGUAGCAGAAAAGAAGCUGUGGUCCCUCAUCUACUACUUUGUUAUCUCAAUCUGUAACUGAUUUCGUCCAGCUACAAAGAAAAUAAUUAUGUUUAUUUUCAUAUUACCAUGCAAUGUAUCCUAAUUAAUCUAUAAAGUGAAUAUUUGCAUCGUUUUAUAAA